UCCUCAUCCAUUCGUUUCUCCUUUGGCUGCGCAGGAUGCUCUUUCGUCGUCGCACCACGAGGCUUUCCUUGCUCCUCUUGACAGCCCUGUGGGCCUGUCUUGUCUUCGCGCCAUGGGCCGAAGCAGCACGGGGCAGCAGCAAUAGCAACAACAACCGGGGACGCAGUGGCGCAAACCCCAAUGUGCCGCGCGUGCGCAUGGACUCGCUCAAGACGCUCUUCUUCAAGUCGGGCGCGCGGACGAUGGCGCGCCGCACGCCUCCACGGCCCCAGCUGCGCUGCGUCGGCAGCUCAAAGAGGCUCUGUGAGAUGUACGAGCCGGACAUGGUUGUGUGCAAGAGCAUGGGCGAUGGUGCCUGGAAGUGCGAUGCAGAGCUGGCAAAGUCGGUCCGAAUGGGCGCCAUCGAGGUGUCCUGCGAAGGGUGGGACAAUGCCGAUGACGAAUACGUGAUGCGAGGAUCGUGCGGGCUAGAAUACAAUCUGCUGCCAGCAUACGUCGAAGGGGCCUACGGUGCCCCGCUCGACGGCUUCUCGUCUCUGUCGAAUGGGCGGAAGAAGUGGUACGAGGACCUGUUCAUGCUGGCGUUUGUCGCCGUCGUGGCCUACAUCCUCCUGCGCCUCCUCAAAGCCAUCUGGCGCGAUAUGACGGGCGUCAACAAUGCACCGCGAGGACCUGGAGGCGGCGGCGGCGGUGGUGGUGGUGGCUGGCCUGGGGGUUGGUUCGGCGGUGGUGGUGGCGGCGGGUGGACGCCAGGCUGGGGUCCUGGCGGGCAUGAUGGCCCUCCGCCACCAUACCCUGGACACAAGCCCUCGUCGUCGACGCAGCCCGACCAGCAGCAGCAGCAAGGCUGGCGUCCGGGCUUCUGGACCGGCAUGGGCCUCGGUGGACUGGCAGCGGGCGCUGCUCAGACGCUCUUCAACGGUCAGGACAGGCAGGGGCAGCGGGAGCGCUACAUGCGUGGCGACAGGUUCGGCAGUGGCAGCGGCAGCGGCAGCAGUUCCAGGUGGGACUCGCCUUCCAUGACUGCCGGUCGCAGGCGCUUCGACUAUGACGACGACAACGACAACAGCUUUGGUGGUGGUGGUGGUGGCGGCGGUGGCUUUGGGGGAGCAGGCCCCAGUGGGACGAGGACAAGCACAGGGUUCGGAGGGACGCGAAACAGAUGAUGUAGCAUUACUUCCUGUAUGAUUACAAUGCAGCCAUCUUUCUAACUACACAAGAAG